CGGGGACUGACCUGGCUUGGCGCCGCUGGCACGCUUGCCGAACCCCGGGACAGCAAGGGUCGCGUGUCCGCCGUGGGCCUCGCGUGACGGCGUCAGUAUCCGAAGGUCAACACGCUGUGACUGGGUGCAGACACCCAAGUUCAGUGCUUCCUGCCACCUCCUAUCCCUGCGUAGCCUUUGUCAAAAGACGCAGCCAAGACCCGGAGACUAUGCCUGCCCUCGGUGUGUCCCAGCUUUCCGUGUUGAGUUCCUCGUGGACCUGACCAUUGGUGGCUGACAUCCCCCCCAGGAAGGGCAGCGUGGCCAUGAUCAGAUGGGCACUCCAAAGGCUCACUUUCCAUCUGCUCCGGAGGAGAAGGUCAUUGCCGCUCAAACUCGCAGCCAUUGUCUUCGCAGGGCUCUUCUUCUGUGAGUUUCUGAUCUAUUACCUAGCGAUCUGCCGGUGUCACUGGCCUGAGAUGAAAACACCUGCCCGUGGCCGUGGGAGAGAUCCUGUGCUGAGGGCCAUGUUUCUGGCUGACACCCACUUGCUCGGGGAAGUGACUGGCCAUUGGCUGGACAAACUACGAAGGGAAUGGCAAAUGGAGAGGGCCUUCCAGACGGCUCUGUGGCUGCUGCAGCCGGAAGUGGUCUUCAUUCUGGGGGACAUCUUUGAUGAAGGGAAGUGGAGCACACCCCAGGCCUGGGCACAUGAUGUGGAGCGCUUUCAGAAAAUGUUCAGACAUCCAAGUCACGUGCAGCUGAAGGUCGUGGCUGGCAACCAUGAUAUUGGCUUCCACUACAGGAUGAACAGAUACAAAGUAAGACGAUUUGAGAGAGAUUUGAACUGUGAGAAGCUGUUUUCUUGGAAAGGAAUUAAUUUCGUGAUGGUCAACAGCGUGGCCCUGGAAGGGGAUGGCUGCAGCAUCUGCUCUGAGGCCGAGGAGGAGCUGACGGAGAUUUCCCGCCGACUGAAUUGCUCCCGACAGCAGGGACGUAGUGCCAGCCAGUGUGGAGUGGAGGAGCUGCUCCCUGCGUCUGCCCCCAUCCUCCUGCAGCAUUACCCACUGUAUCGGAAAAGUGAUGCUAACUGUUCCGGGGAAGACGCGGCCCCCCCAGAGGAGAAGAGCAUCCCGUUCAAGGAGAAGUACGAUGUGCUUUCUCAGGAGGCGUCUCAGAAGCUGCUCUGGUGGCUCCGGCCACGCCUGAUCCUGAGCGGCCACACGCACAGUGCCUGCGAGGUGCUGCACCCGGGAAGCGUCCCCGAGAUCAGCGUCCCGUCUUUCAGUUGGAGGAACAGAAACAACCCCAGUUUCAUCAUGGGCAGCAUAACAGCCGCGGAUUAUGCCCUCGCCAAGUGCUACCUGCCAUUUGAGGACACGGUUCUGGCCAUCUACUGCGGAGUAGCCAGCCUCCUUGUGCUCCUCAUCUUGAUCCACUUUCAGCUUUUAGCCCCACCUUUUCUUUUCGGUGGGUACCUGUUCCGAUUGCCCACGAUACGGUGACAGGGAGGAGGCAGUCUUUGCAUCUGGUCAUCAGUGUCACAGCCAAAGGAAGCCACCUUCCUCCAGAGCUCACGUUAAGAGUCGAGUGGACAGUGACCAUCCAGCAUGGGGCCUCGUUGGCGCAUGCUGCGGAUGUCCCAGGUCACUGACGCGAGUGGCUGUAGAAUAAACGGCUGUACUAGUCUCAUGCUAGCAAAAUGAGACAUGUACUUUACAACAGAUCCGCUUCCUGGUUUUUUGUCUUUUUUUUUUUUUUAUCAAAGUUGCUUUUGUACAGUUUGUAGAUGCUACUGACACUAUCACUCGCAUGCACAAGACAGUCACGCAGUCCUUGCUUCCCCGGGAGCGCCCAGAUGGCACACGUGGGGCUCAUGUGCACCCAUCUCCCAGGCUUGGUUCUCAACCUGCUGCAGACGGGGGAGGCAGAACGCUUGGAAGCACGGCGCAACACGCAGUGACAUCUUGGUCUUCACGGACUUGUCUCCUGAUGCAAGUGCGAUUCUUAAGAGAAGCCCCGCUUUCUCUCCAGAAGGCUACUUGUUGUAUCUGCAUAGAAUGCCUUUCAGCGAAUGCAAGACAGUCGCGACGUGGAGAAGAAAAUGGGUCUUCCUUCCUUUUUCAUCCCCCUCACCCCACCCCCGAGUCUGGUUCUCCUCCUUGUCCUUAAAAAAAACUCAAUCUUUUAAAUGGGAUGCCUAGAGAAUUAACUAAUUUUGCAUAACGGCAGCGGGUAACUUUAGUUUUUGGGUGGAGAUGCAGCUUGGGUUGCUUUGGAAGUAUAGGGAGACGGAAGACAUAGUGACACAGCGCAUAUGUGGCACCGGCUGCUUAAAAAGUUAUCCUUUUGUGGAAAAAGUGGUGUUGAAGUCUGAAUUUCUAAUGGAUUAGGGAAUGCUGACUCACAGAGCGCACUUGAAAGUACUAAACAUUAUAAGAAGAUUCAUGGA